AUGAAUCCAAAAGGUUAUAAAUUUGAAGUUCAAAUAUAUAUUGAGAAAUUGGAAAUGAAGUGCAAUUUAUCAUUUAAAGUGUAAGUCAUAUUAAAAUGUGGUAUAUACUAUUUCUAUCACUUAAGGGAAUUAAAAACUAAUGACAUAGUAAUUGGCUGAUUUUAAUUAAGGUAAUGCAAUUAUUAAUGAAACUCUCUGCAUUCAAACCAAUUUGUAAUCAAUCAAUGGAACAUUUUAAGAAAAGAUAAUAGAGUUGCUAAUUUUGCUCAUAACAACAAAAGGUAAUAAAAAAGCAGGUCAAUGCUAUAUUAAUAUUGCGCAGUUGUUAAACUAAGAAAAAUAUGGUAUUUCAUAAUUGCACUUUAGACAUUAAUUAAGAAUUACUCUUAGAAAAUUGCCCUGAUCACAAAGCCAAAAUUUAUUCAAAAAUUCGAUUAGCAGAAGUUGAGAAAGUAGACUUGGAAGUAAUAAAUCCACAGUCCUCAAUUGUUCUUUAGUAAGGUUCAGAUAAAAAGUAAGGCCUUUUUACACCAUUAAAAGCAGCACUUGAAAACACUGUCAAGAAAUACUUUGGAGAUAACCAAUCUGCAUAAUCAUAAAAUUUGGAAAAUCAAUUUUCUAGAAAUUACACCAAUUAUCCUAUUUUAAAAGAUGAUUCUUCUCAUCUCAAUUCGCAAAUAUAAUAAUAGAAUUUUUAAUAGGUCUAAUAAGAUUUAUAAGAUGUGCAUGAAGAGCUCCAAUAAUAAAUGAUUAUGUAUACAGAAAUGAAGGAUUAGAAUGAUUAACUAAAAUAGGAAUUGGAGAUAGAGAAAGGUAAAAAGGAGGCCUUGAAUAAAUAGGUCUAGGAAUAAAGACUUUAGAUGGAAAAUAUGAUUGACUAACAUAAAUAUCAAGAAUAGAUAUAUUAGUAUGAACAAUAACUAAGCUAAAUUCAAAGUCAAUUAAGGUAAGCACAAAAAGAUAAUGAAACUCUUACUUUAAACUACAAAAAAGCUAUGUAAUAGUAAAAUAAAUUAUCUGAGGAGUAUAAUUAAAAUUAAUAGAGCAUCAAUUAUGAAGAAAAAUCUGCAUUCUAAUUAAAGUAAAAGAUAAAGGAAUUGGAAGAAAUUUGUAAUGAAAAAGAUCAAUUAUAUUAAGCUUUAGAGAAAUCCAACAAUGAUAGCUAGCUGAAGAAUAUUUAUUUUGAAAAUUAGAUCAUUUAAUUGCAUCAGUAAGUAGAACAGCUUAAAACCAAGCUUAUCAGUAAAGAUGUUGUAAAUGAAUCGUAGAAAGAGAAUCUUAAUAGUCUAAAUAUAUAAUUAUUAAAUUUAAAGAAUUAAAAUAGUUCACUAUAGUAGACUUAAAGAAUGAUGAAUGAUAAAGUAUUGAUUAUUAUAUGAUGAUUAGAUUGAUGAAUAAUCUAAGCAGAUUGUUAAUCAAUAAGAAUUAAUAAAUCAAUAAUUUAGGGAAAUUAAGUAGCAAUAUGAAGAUAUAUUAAAUCAAAAUCAAUAGACUAUUUAAUAAUUAAAUAAGGAAUUGAAUGAAAAAAAUAAUGAAUUAAAUUCAUAAUAGACUACAUGCAAAUAAUUAAAAUUACAACUAGAUGAUGUUUUGAAAUAACUUGAAAAAUCAAAAAAAGAAGGAGGACAAAUACAGCCAGAGCCAGAUUUAAAUUAUAUGGAAAAGGAGUCGUAGUUCUAAGAAGAAAUAAAAAAGUGCCAUGAGAGAGAGGAGGAACUAAAAAGUAAAGUUCAAAUCCUUUUGCAAUCAACAAAUUAAUUGUAAUAACUGCUAAACGAAUAGUAUCAGUCAGAAGGAAGUUAUGAGAAAGUUGUUUCGAGACCCCUAGAUUCCAAACGCGUAGGCUGAAGUUCCAAAUCAAUUGAUUGAAUUGAAUAGGGCGAUAGCAUUGAAAUUUUCUAAGUUAAAGUAGGAUCUAGAAGGUCAUUAAUUGUAGAUAUAGGCUCAGGAGUAGAGUUAUAUCGAGAAUUCAGAAAAUCAGCACAUGGUAAUAAUAAAAUAAUUAUGAUUAAAGACCCUUGAAUUAACUUAAGCCAAAUUGAAAAUUGAUAAUUUGUUAAAUGAAAACAAAUAUUUACAUUUAUAAUUAGCUACAAAAUCUGAAUGUUUAAAUAAUUUAAAUCUAAUAAUUCUAAAUUAAAACCAAAAAAUUGAGAAUUUAGAAAGUUAAAAUAAAGAUUUUAAAUAAAAAUCAUAAAGAGAAGAAGAAAUUCAUCAUUAAUUAAGCUAGUAAAUUAAAGUAGUUGAUGAUUAAAAAUAGGAUCUAUAAAUUCAAAUAAAAGCUUUGUAAAUUGAAAUUUUGAAAAAAGAAGAUUUGAUAAAUAAUGAAUCAAGCAAAAUUUUAUAAUUAAGCUAGCAAAAUUAACAAUAAAUUAUAAUUAAUGAAUAAUUAUAAUUUUAAAUAAAAGAGUAGACUCAACAUGCAUAGUAAUUAAAAUAAGAAUUCUUAAUCUCGAAAUCAGAUUAAGAUUAGCAAAAUAAUAGUUUAAUUAUGGAGUUGAAUAGAAAAAUCCAAGCAUUACAAAUUACAAAUCAAUAAAUAUUUGAUUAGAAAUAAUAAAAAGAAAAUUAAAUUGAAAAAUUACAAUAAGAUAGACUAUUUGAAUAAAAAAAUGAAGAUUAAAGUAAAAAGGAAGAUAAUCAAUAUAUAGUUGGUAAUUUAUUCAACCCACUUCUAAUAGAAGAAACUUAAGAAAGUUAAUAAAAAUAGUAGAUUUUAGAAUAAAGAUUAUAAGCAUUAACUGUUUAAUUAAAUUAAUAAACUUCUGCGCUCUUGCAAGCCUAGACUUUUACUGAAUAACUAAAAAAUGAAUAUCAUUAAAUAUUAGAGAAGGUUGCAUUGAGUGAAACCGAACUUAAACUUUAAUUAGAGCAAUCAAGAGUUAUGAAUAAUAAUUUAUAAUCUCUUUGCAAUAGCUAAAGGAUAUAACUUAAUGCUUGUGAAAUAUAAAUUUAAUAGAAAAAUAACAAAAUUGAUGAAUUAGAAACUUAACUCAAAUAGAAUUAAUUUUAAUUUUAAAAAGAAGUGUAAGAGUUACAAUAACAAUUAUUUACUGAAAAUGAUUAAUGCCAAAAGGAAAAAGAAAUAAUUUAGUAAUAUAUUGAUGAAUUAGAGUAUAAAUAAUUAGAGUUAACAAAUCAAGUUAAAGAAAAGGAUAUUUAGCUUUCAGACAUAAGAAGAUAGAAUGAAAUUUUAAGUAAAUAAUUAGUAGAAUUGUAAUAAAUUAAUGAAAGAACAUAAAACUUAGAAUAAUCAUGUUUAGAGAAUAUAUAAAAAUAUGAAUAAUAAAUACAAGAAAUAAAAUUAAAAAACAUAUAGGGUAGUAAUAAUAUGAUGAAAUAGAUUUAAGAAUUAUCAUAGUAGUCUCAACAGGAUUAAGUUAAAUUACUAAAUUUAUAAAACUAAUUGUCAGAAAAUGAGGAUAAACAUGCUUCAGAGAUAUAAUUAAUAACUAAAAAUUAUGUGAAUGGAUUGAAGUAUAAGGAUGACUAAAUGUAAUAAAUUCAAAAUAACCAAUAAAUUAAAUUGGAGUAGUAAAAUGGGAUUAAAUUUUUAGAAAGCAUUAAAAAUAAUUUGGAAUAAGAGUAAUUUGAGAAUUUUUAAUAUAACUCAAAAAUCUAAUUUACGAAUGAAAAUUUGGUUGCAUAAAAUUAACCAUAGGAGUUGCAAUUAAAUUAACUAUAAAAAACAAUAAAAGAAUUAGAAUAAAAAAAUCAGGAAUUAGAGAUUGAGAAGAUUAAUAUUUCAAAUAAUUAUUAGUAGGCAUUGAUUGAAGCGUAAUCUUUGAACCACAUUCAACAUAAUUCUAAUGAGAAAAUAGAGAAGAUAUAGGAAGAAGUGAUUAUCUUAAAAUGUCGAAUAGGAGACAUGCUAAAUACAGCUUAGGAAUUUGGAGGGGCUCAAUUAGUUGAUAAAUUGUAAUAAGCAUUAGGAAUAAAGGAAUAAAGUACAUGA